UAGCUGCUGACGACGACGAAGAAGAAGCGAAGCCUGCGCAACAACCGCGUCAACUAGCAUGCUCUUAUCUUGUAGUGCAAUUCCAAGGCGUGAUUUCGAGACAAAAAGUCGUUUUACUUUUGUCUGGAGUAGAAAACAUUACAAGGUUUCCCCACACGUUGUCAGAUUGAUCAUUUCAUGAUACAAGUCAUUGGAAGUGCUUGGCUUUUGGUUGAACUCGAGCUGCAAAGCUAACAAUACGACGUGCAGCUAGCUAGCUAGCUAGCAGGGAGAGAGAGAAGCUGAGAGGGAGAUUUGGAGUCAUUUCAUCCCAAAUCGUACGUGUGCAUGAUUAAAGCGCCGCCAGCAAUUUGGCAACAGUGUGUUUCGCUUUUCCUUGGAUACCUUUUUCGCCUUUGACACGAGAUGUAUCGACAAAAACCAACAUUGAAAGAUCGCCAGCAUCUGUAUAAACUCAUCAUAAGCCAGCUCCUCUACGAUGGCUACACCGGCAUCGCCAACAGUUUAGUCAACGAAAUUAAACCUGCGAACGUGGUGUCGCCAUCUGAACAGCUUGUCCAGCUGGUAAAAAUCGGCAUGGAGAAUGAUGACAGCGCUGUGCAAUAUGCUAUUGGGCGCUCUGAUACAGUCGCGCCUGGCGUGGGAAUCGAUCUCGAAUUUGAUGCUGACGUCCAGACCAUGUCACCAGAGGCAUCGGAAUAUGAAACGUGCUACGUUACGUCCCAUAAGGGACCAUGUCGGGUUGCCACGUACAGUCGGGAUGGCCAGCUCAUUGCCACGGGCUCAGCUGACGCUUCCAUCAAGAUACUGGACACUGAGCGUAUGCUGGCAAAAAGUGCCAUGCCAAUUGAGGUUAUGAUGAAUGAGACAGCUCAGCAAAACAUGGAGAAUCACCCGGUGAUUCGAACACUGUAUGACCACGUGGAUGAAGUUACAUGCCUGGCUUUCCAUCCAACUGAACAGAUCCUUGCUUCUGGCUCAAGAGAUUACACUCUGAAACUUUUCGACUACUCAAAGCCUUCUGCAAAACGAGCGUUUAAAUACGUACAGGAAGCAGAGAUGCUGCGUGCCAUCUCUUUUCACCCAUCUGGAGAUUACCUUCUCGUUGGAACACAGCACCCCACCCUGCGUCUUUACGACGUCAACACCUUCCAGUGUUUUGUGUCCUGCAACCCGGCGGACCAACACACCGACACCAUCAGCGGCGUUAGUUACAACCCGACAGCCAACAGCUAUGUCAGCUGCAGCAAGGACGGCAACAUUAAACUAUGGGAUGGUGUCUCCAAUCGCUGCGUGACCACCUUCGACAAAGCUCAUGAUGGGGCCGAGGUCUGCUCAGCCAUCUUUACCAAGAACUCCAAGUACAUCCUUUCCAGUGGGAAAGAUUCCGUGGUCAAACUGUGGGAAAUAUCCACGGGCCGAAUGUUGGUCAAAUACACAGGAGCCGGCCUGAGCGGUCGUCAGAUGCAUCGCACGCAGGGCGUGUUCAACCACACGGAAGAUUACGUUCUGCUUCCCGAUGAGCGCACCAUCAGCCUGUGCUGCUGGGAUUCUCGUACGGCCGAGAGGAAAAACCUGCUGUCGCUGGGUCACAACAACAUCGUACGCUGCAUUGUCCACUCGCCCACCAAUCCGGGGUUUAUGACUUGCAGCGAUGACUUCAGGGCCCGUUUUUGGUACCGGCGCACCACAACAGAUUGAUUGACUCCCCCCCCCCCCCUCGCUCUCUCUCGCUCUCCCCUUCUCCGCCACUACAAACCUAAGACUCGUUUAUGACGCCAAUGGAAAGAAGUGUGAAAUCUUGCAUUCUUUCAUUUUUCAUCUUAGGAAUUGUCUUCUCUCUUUUUGAUACUAUUUCGUCAAACUUAAAAGUCAUACACAAGACCUUAAGUUUCUUUUUUUUUUGCUGAUUAAACAUUGUUUUGUCUUUGUGGAGAUUAAAAAAAAUCUUGCCUUUACAA